AUGGAUACACAGGAUGUGGCAGAGCUCUGUUUUCCACAACUCUUCAACACCUCCUGCAAGAAACCUCUGUCAGAAUUUGUGUUCCUUCAUGUUGUGUUGUCCUCCAUCUCGCUGCUAACUGUGACUCUCAACCUGCUCGUCAUCAUCUCAGUCUCCCACUACAGGCAGCUCCACACACCCACUAACAUCCUCCUCCUCUCUCUGGCUGUCUCAGACUUUCUUGUUGGUCUCCUAUUGAUGCCUGGAGAAAUCCUCCGAAAUACAGCCUGCUGGUUUCUCGGUGACCUCACCUGUUCUAUGUACAAUUAUAUGUCUUUAAUUGUUACCUCUACCUCAGUGGGAGACAUGGUGUUAAUAUCAAUUGACCGCUAUGUGGCUAUUUGUGACCCUCUGCAUUACCCCACCAGAAUCACAGACAGAAGAGUGAAACUCUGUGUUUGUCUGUGUUGGCUCUGCUCUGUUUUCUAUAGCAGCCUGUUUGUAAAGGAUGAUCUAACUCAACCAGGGAAGCAUAAUUCCUGCUAUGGAGAAUGUACAAUUGUUGUUGACUUAAUUACAGGAACGAUUGACCUUCUUUUAACCUUUUUUGUUCCAGUUACUGUCAUUGUAGUUCUGUAUCUGAGAGUAUUUGUGGUGGCUGUGUCUCAGGCUCGCGCCAUGCGCUCUCAUGUUACAGUUGCUGCUCUGCAGCUUUCAGUGACUCUAACAACAAAGAAAUCAGAGUUAAAAGCAGCCAGGACUCUGGGUGUUCUUGUAGUUGUGUUUCUACUGUGUUUCUGCCCUUAUUAUUGUGUUACUCUUGCCAGGGACGACCUACUCAAUAGUUCAUCUGUAUCCUUUUUGCUCUAUCUGUUCUAUUUUAACUCAUGUCUAAACCCUUUGAUCUAUGCACUGCUCUACCCCUGGUUUAGAAAAGCUGUGAAACUCAUAAUCUCUUUACACAUACUGCAGCCUGGUUCCUGUGAGAUUAGCAUUCUGUAA